AUGCAUGUGUUUACAGUGUUAUUAGAAAAUAGGGUUGAAACAGGCCAUCACCGUGACCCCAGUAACCUGGACGUUGUCCAAGAUUUCUGUGCAAAUUUUGCUACUCCUUGCGAAAUCCGUGAAAAACAGGAAGCGUUCUACGCUGAUGCCCAAUUUCCAGGCAUUGUUGGGGCUAUUGAUGGGACACACGUACAAAUCACCGCUCCUAGCACAUAUGAAAACGAAUUUGUUAAUCGGCACCAUUACCACAGUAUUAACGUUCAGAUUGUUGUGGAUGCGAAUUGUCGCAAAAUGGCCAGAGUCCCACGGACACGUAGUGGAGUUGAAAGGGGUAUAGGCCAGUUGAAGAGAAGAUUUCACGUAUUGCAUGGGGAAAUACGGAUGUCACCAGACAAAGCCUGCCAAAUAAUUUUGGCAUGCGCCGUUCUGCAUAAUAUCUGCAAAUUGAGACAAAUACCUCUUCCAGGUAUGGAAGAGGAGAAUGAAAAUAAUGGAGUUGAUCAGUUAUCAUACUAG